AUGGCGGAAGGUAAGGCCGAAUUGGCCGCUCUUGGAGCUGGCACUCUGUUUGGCGUCAACGGCAUGAUUGCUGUCAUCACGGGCGGCGGUUCAGGCAUCGGUCUGAUGAUGGCCAAGGCCUUGGCCGUCAACGGUGCCGAGAAGGUCUACAUCCUGGGCCGGCGCAAGGAGGUCCUUCAGGAAGCUGCGUCUUCUGUCGGACCCAAUGUCGUGCCAUUGGUCUGCGAUGUGACUGAUAAAUCUAGCCUCAAGGAGGCGGCCUCUUUGAUCGAAAAGGAAGUUGGCUUUAUAAACCUCUUGGUCUGCAAUGCCGGUGUCGGUGGACCCCAAGUCAAGGCUCCUUCGGCAGAGAUGACGGCUGCCGAGUGGGCUGAGCAACACCUUGAACACGACACGUCCGAUUACACGCGAGCCUUUGAUGUAAAUGUCACCUCGGUGUGGUACACAACCAUGGCGUUUGUCAAGCUGCUGGACCUUGGCAACAAGAAGGGCAAUCUAUCGCAGACCUCGCAGGUCGUCUCGACCAGCUCCAUCGCUGCCUUCAACAAGAAUGCUCCUGGUGGUUGGGCAUACGGUCAGUCCAAGGCAGCCGCCACUCUGCUCAUCAAACAGCUGUCAAGCAACCUACCUCGCUGGGAUAUCAGAGCCAACUGCAUCGCCCCUGGCUUGUUCCCGAGUGAGAUGUCUGCGCCUAUUGCGAAACUCUACAGCAACGACGGCAGCGUUCCCAAAGAGAUGGUGCCUCUGCAGAGGAUGGGCGACACUCAAGAUCUGGCGGGUGCAAUGCUGUACCUCGCAUCCCGAGCUGGGGCCUACUGCAAUGGCACGAUCAUAACGGUCGACGGCGGCAGACUAGGAAACUUCCCCACGACAUGGCUCGCUUAG